AUGUUUAAAAAUACGGCGAAAGUCAAGAAAUUGAAGAAACAUAGAACAUGGAUAUUUUUGAAAGCAACGGACUUUAAUUCAUUGAUGCAUCCCUGCUUCUUCGUCUGCUGGCUACUUGGAAAUUUUCCUUACAAGUACGAACCGCCAGUAUAUUCACUUUGCAAAAGUCGUUUCGCUCUUUUCACGUCUAUGAUGUUCAUCUACGUGCUCUCGUUGUUCGCCGUGGUGUACGAAAUAAAUGUUACCAGGAAGUUGGACUACAGCAUUCCAAGGAUGAUUUGUAUGAACUUGUUCUAUUUUUUGGAUGGGACAGUGAUUUUAGUGAUGUAUAUGUUAACUGUUGCCCGAUUGUCGGUGAUCCAAAGCUUGUCGAAGAUUAGCUCGAUAUUAUCUGCAAACGAUUUUAAAGACUUAGCUAAACUGAUUCACCCCAAGGACAUUUUAGGUUUCCUGUUUCUCGUCAGUCAUAUACCAAAUUGUUUCCAGCAAAACAUUUGGCUGACUCUGCGGAAUUUUUACUGCUUAUACAUAAUCAUGGUUAACUUUUCGAUAGACAUGCUAUACAUGAACUGCGUGUGCGUUCUAAGAGCUUGUUUGACCAAAAUCGACGAAUGUAUUCAACAAAUGAGAAAGCUUGCAAUCAAUGACGAUGUAUGGACGCAGACUUUUAUCCAUCAUGGAUCUCCAAACUUAUUGGUAAUGAAACUGAAGAACUUCGAGAAGAAACAUUUGGAGAUCAGCGAUAUAAUUGAAUUAGUGAACAAUACGUUCAUGAUACACAUUAUAAUUGUGACAAUCAGUACGUUCAUCUCGGUCACAUUCAAUCUGUAUUUUUAUAUAGUUUCUAUAUACAAGGAAUCUGACAAACCAUACUGGAUUAUGGAGUACCUGUUGUUGGUCGCUUUUUAUUUUUCUAAGUUUGCGAUGAUGAUUUGGGCAUGUGAAGCAACGACGAAUCGAGCGAAGAAGAUAAAGACAACUCUAUACGAUGUUUUCAGUAAUACGAGCGAUCCAUUGGUGCAACGCGAGGUCGAGCUGUUUUCUUUGCAAAUAAUGCACAGGAGAAACGUAUUUGAAGCAAGAACUUUCGACAUGAACGCAUCAUUUUUGGCACAGAUCAUCAGUGGUAUUACGAUGUACGUCGUCAUUCUGCUUCAAUUUUUCUUAAACUACUUUAUAUGCGCUUUCUAACCACAACGAGAGAGCGAGAUCUCCAAUGUGACGAGAUUCUGUGGGGCGCGUGUGUUCUCUAUUGAUUCUUUGGCAGUCUUCUG